UGGAGAGGAAUCAACUAGAAAAAAAGGGAAAGAGAAGCGGCCUUUCGUUAUUCUGGGUUUUAGGAGUGGGAGAGAAGAGACAGAAGAAGGAGCGGGAAAACCAUAAGAAUGAGGGAGAGAGGGAAAGCAGGGCAGCCAUCGGUGGACGAGAGAUACACACAAUGGAAGUCUUUGGUUCCCGUCCUUUACGACUGGCUUGCCAACCACAACCUCGUCUGGCCUUCUCUUUCUUGCCGGUGGGGACCCCAACUAGAGCAAGCAACUUACAAGAAUCGUCAGCGUCUCUAUCUUUCUGAACAGACUGAUGGUAGUGUUCCAAACACUCUUGUAUUGGCAAAUUGUGAAGUUGUGAAACCAAGGGUUGCUGCAGCGGAGCACAUAUCGCAGUUUAACGAAGAAGCACGCUCUCCCUUUGUAAAGAAGUUCAAAACUAUUAUUCAUCCUGGAGAAGUGAACAGAAUUAGAGAAUUGCCACAAAAUAGUAAGAUAGUGGCAACUCAUACUGAUAGUCCUGAUGUUCUCAUUUGGGAUGUUGAGGCUCAACCUAAUCGUCAUGCUGUCCUGGGAGCUGCAGACUCUCGACCAGACCUGAUAUUGACCGGACACCAAGAUAAUGCGGAGUUUGCACUUGCAAUGUGUCCAACUGAACCUUUUGUGCUUUCUGGAGGAAAAGACAAGUCGGUGGUCAUGUGGAGUAUUCAGGAUCAUAUCUCUGCUUCUGCCACAGAACCAGUAUCUGCAAAAUCUCCAGGUUCCGGAAGCUCAAGCAUUAAACAUACCUCAAAGGGUGGUGAUAAAGCUUCAGACAGUCCAUCUGUUGGACCCCGAGGUAUCUAUCAAGGGCAUGAGGAUACUGUUGAAGAUGUGCAAUUCUGCCCUUCUAGUGUGCAGGAGUUCUGCAGUGUGGGUGAUGAUUCUUGCCUUAUACUAUGGGAUGCACGAGCUGGCACUGCUCCAGCCGUCAAGGUUGAGAAAGCUCAUAAUGCUGACCUUCACUGCGUUGAUUGGAAUCCACAUGAUGAGAACCUUAUUUUGACUGGGUCAGCUGAUACUUCUGUUCGUAUGUUCGACCGUCGAAAUCUCACUUCUGGUGGUGUCGGAUCGCCUAUCUAUAAAUUUGAAGGUCACAAAGCUGCUGUUCUCUGUGUCCAGUGGUCUCCGGAUAAAUCAUCUGUUUUUGGCAGUUCUGCAGAGGAUGGUUUCUUAAAUGUUUGGGAUCAUGAGAAGGUUGGUAAAAAGAAGGAUCGUGUUGGUACAAGAAUGCCAAAUUCUCCUCCGGGCUUGUUCUUCCAACAUGCUGGGCACAGGGAUAAAGUUGUUGACUUCCACUGGAAUGCAUCUGAUCCAUGGACAAUUGUUAGUGUCUCUGAUGAUUGUGAGAGCACUGGCGGAGGUGGCACAUUGCAGAUAUGGCGCAUGAGCGAUUUGAUUUAUAGACCAGAAGAGGAGGUUCUUGCUGAGCUGGAGCAGUUCAAAGCGCACGUUCUUACAUGUUCCUCAAAAUCUUGAGAUUGAGAAUGAGUGAAUCCCAGAAGAUGAAGAACUUAUUGGAGCCCAACUUAUAUGAAAUGUUUCGGUGUGGUGACAACUGGCAAUCUCAGAUCUUCCAUGGGGGGAUAUGACUAUCCUCAUCUAAGACCUUAGACUAGAAUGUACUUUGUUGUAAUUGAAAGUGCUUUGGUAGAUAUUUUAGCUGGUACAUAUUUCUUAGUUGGAAGGGUAUUGUUGACUUUAAAUGCCUUACUGUUUUAAACAAACUUGAAUUUGGUGUGAAGUUGGAGUUGCACCACUUGGUGUAUUGAUUUCGGUUUUCUUACUUUCAUCUUUUACA